AAUGGGAGCAGGGAGAAGAUGGAGUUGAAAUUUGAGGAGGUAUUUGGGAUGGUUCAGAGCUGCUCUGGGCCGGGUAUGAUUGUGAAUUAUGGGGAAUUGAGUGGUUUGAUCAGUGAAGAAGAAGAAGAAGGAGAAGGAGAUGAAGUUACUAAUGGUCUGAGUUUUGUGGUAUCUCAACUGACGGAUUUGUUGAAACUUUACAGUGGGAAAUUGUGGCUGAUUGGAGCUGCAGGGAACUACGAGAUGUACGAGAAGUUCGUGGCUCGGUUUCCUGCCAUUGAAAAGGAUUGGGAUCUUCAUCUUCUUCCCAUUACUUCCAAGUCUCCGGUUGAUGCGUUUGGGGCUAAAUCCAGCUUUAUGGGAUCGUUUGUUCCAUUUGGUGGAUUUUUCCCUCCGCAAUCCAAGUUUUCGAGUCAAUUAAGCAGCCCGAAUCAGUCUUUUACUCGCUGUCGUCAAUGCAACGAAAAAUAUGAGCAAGAAGUUGCUGCUAUAUGGAAGCCAGGAUCUGCUUCUGUCACAGGUCGUCACUCCGAAAGCUCAUUGCAUUUGCCAAUGGCUGAACUUGAUGAAAAAAGCAAGGAAUUUGACGUGUAUAAGACCCGAGAUGACAGAAGUACAUUGAGCAACAAGGUAAUUGGACUACAAAAGAAGUGGAACGAAAUCUGCCGACUUCAUCAGAGGCAACUGUUUACAAAACUUGAUAUUUCCCAGAGCAGGCACGGGAUUUCGUUUGAGUCGACUCGAUUUGCUUUAGAUCACGAACGAAGUGGUAAAGAACCAUCAUCUGUAACUGGGGAAAGAUCUGUACUUGUAAAUCCGUGCUUAUCUAGAGACUCAAAGCAGGGCAGUCAGGUAUCAGAAACUUUCAACUCUCACAACGAUAAUUUUCAACCAAAAAUUGUAACCGGAGCCUCUCAGGGUAUCGAGACCGAGAGUCUUCGAUUUUUCUCAAAGACUGUUCCUAAACCAAAAGAGUGUCUCCACUCUGAUGCAUUAUUACCUUCACCCCACAUCUCUGUUACUACUGAUUUGGGUUUGGGGACAUUAUAUGGAUCAGCCAGUGAGAACAAGAGAAAAGUUUCAGAAUUAGAAAGUCAGAAAGUUUGCAUUCAACACUUAACAGGCUCCAAUCCAGCACAGUUUAGUAGGCCGACGAACAAUAAUCCGAGCCAUUCCCCCGGUUUCUCUGAUCUGAAUGCUGGAAAGCCGCUCGAUAUAAGAGAAUUCAAGUCACUCUGGAAUGCACUGAAUGAAAAAGUUAGCUGGCAAGGUAAAGCCACAAGUUCUGUUGUUGAAACCAUUCUUCAAUGUCGAACUGGUGGUGGAAGGCGCCGUAGCUCGAAUUCCAGGGGAGAUAUUUGGCUAACGUUCCUUGGACCUGAUUUAAUUGGAAAGCGAAAAAUUUCCGUAGCUCUUGCUGAGUUGAUGUUUGGCAGUAGGGAGAAUCUAAUCUCGGUCGAUUUUGGCUCACAGGAUAGAGGUCGCCGACCGAACUCACUCUUUGACUGCAAAGGUUUAGGUGGUUAUGAUGAGAGGUUUCGAGGAACAACAGUUGUUGAUUAUGUUGCUGGGGAGUUGAGCAAGAAGCCAUCCUCAGUUGUCCUCCUUGAGAAUGUAGACAGGGCCGAUAUUCGGGCCAAGAGUUGCUUGUCCCAGGCGAUCAUGACUGGGAAAUUUCCCGAUUUACACGGGAGACAAAUUACCAUACAUAAUACAAUCUUUGUAACGACGUGGACGAACAAAAAGGGUGGGAAAACUUCCAAUGCUGUUGAUGAACAGAGUGAAUUUUCCGAGGAGCGAAUACUCACAGCCAAAAGUUGUCAAAUGCAAAUACAGGUAGGAGGUUUUACCAGCAAUGUCAGUGAACUCAACAACAUGAAUGUUAGGAUUACAACCGCCCGAGGAAGCUCGAGCCUCUCGUUCUUGAAGAAGAGGAAACUUGCAAUCUCCACGGAGUCCACAGACCGGGAAACCAACUCAGAGAUGCAGAAGAAGGCAUCAUCAUCAUCAUCAAUGUCCUACCUAGACUUAAAUCUACCAGUAGAAGAGGUCGAAACCAGCGACUGCGACAGCGACUCAAUCUCCGAGGGCUCAGAGACAUGGCUAGACGAGUUCCUCGAACAAGUAGACGAGAAGGUUGUCUUCAAACCGUACGACUUCGACGAGGCAGCAGAGAAGGUAGUGAAGGAAAUAAACUCGCAGCUGAGAAGGGUGUUCGGGAACGAAGUCGUGCUGGAGAUCGAGUACAAGAUCAUGGUCCAAAUGCUGGCAGCAAACUGGGUAGCAGAGAAGAAGAGGGGGAUGGAAGAAUGGGUGGAGCUGGUUCUCCAUAGAAGCUUUGUGGAAGCAAAGGAGAAGUAUGAGAUAAGUUGUGGAACUGUGAUAAAGCUGGUUUGUAGAGAAGGAGGGGCAGGGGAAGAAGCAGAGGCAGGUCCCAUUUUUCUUCCUGCUACAAUCAAAAUCAACUAAAAAUUUUGGAGCCUUUUUUUGUUGGAAUGUAAAUUGUUAUUAUUAUAUUUGUAUAAUGUAUGUAGUUGUAGGAUUUUCAUAGUCUUUCUGGAGUUUGAAAAAAAAAGGGGGUUUUUGGCUAAUGAUCUUCUUAAAUUUUUGGGCAAUCCAAUCAUCUUUGUUUUCUUUUGUAUAGUUUUUUAUUUUUAUUUCUUGAAACUUUGCAGUGAUGUUUCUCA